CAAGAAGUGCGGAAUAAAAUAAUCGUUUUAUGUGUGCACAUUGAAGGCGGAGUGAGUGAGUGAUUGAGCAUUUGUAACUGCAACUUGGUGCCAUUUGUGCAGAGCGGAAGUUUGAAAGUUGGUGAAAAGAAAAGCCACGUGAAAAGCAACGUCUGGGCAAAUACCCCCCAGACAGUGUCAGUGAGUGUGAGGGAAACGGAAAGCAAAAGACGUGAAAAAUCAAAUCAACCAACCGGCCAGACAACAAAGGGUUGUUUGUGUUUUGGGAAGGUGGAGAAAAAUCACAAACAGUGUGAAAAGCAGGCAGCAGUCGUGUAAGCUUUAUCACAUGCAAAGUGCGGUGAAGUGAACUAGCCCGUUUGGAAAACGGAAAGUGAAGUCUUGACAGUCAUCUUUAGGGCCAAUAUCGAAUAGGCCCGGAAAAGUGUGCAAGUGUUUGAAUUUGAAAAAAAAGAGCCAAAUCCAAAAACAGUGCAAUGGAAAACACUGCGGCAGUGUUACUAUCGCCACCGGCAACGCCACCAUUGCAGGAUACCAGCCAGCAACAGGACCAGCAACAGCAGCAGGAUGAUCUUCUGAAGACAACCAACGCCAUUCGUCAGGCCCUGAAGCGGAAGCUGGCAGAAAGCACGGCAGAAAAGGCGGCCCCAACAGCGGCCGGAGGUUCGUCGUCACCGUCGUCCAGCGGCAGCUUCGUCACACCGAACCAUUCGGACGCGUCGGAGGAUGAGUCCGAUCUGCCGCCCCGCAAACGGCAGUACGUGCGCAACCCGGACCAGCUGGAAUCGCACGCCGCCCUGCAGAAGCAGCUGCACCAGCUGCACCACAAGCAGGAACAGCGACAGCAGCAGCAGCAGCAGCAACAGCUGCUCAACGGUUCCGGUGCCCCGACGCCACCGCCGUCGGAGUUUUCCGGCUCGGAGGACGAAACUACCAAGUCCGGCUCGGACGAGGAGCGCUGCUACUUCCAGGGUGGCGCGCCCCCGCGCGAAAGCGUCAUCAUGCGCAUCAACAAGGACGGUUCGUGCACGAAGACGCCCGCAUCCGGAGAGGAGUCGGCCUGUGCCGGAGCGCUCAACAUAUUCCGCAGCUACAAGUUCAAGAUGGGGCCGCGAAUGUCGCCUCCGCCACCGACCACAGUAUCUCCGCCGCCGGCAUCCAGCAUCUCCUCCUCCUCCUCUUCGUCCUUCCCACCCGCGGACACCAGUGCCAGUGAAAGCCAAAUGGUGCAAGAUCUGUCCACCACCAGCAGCAGCAGCAGCAAGUCGCCGGCUCCAGUAUUCCCGCCCAGCAGUUCCAACAGCGCCGGCAAGCGCAAGAAGAAGGAAUCCACCAGCGCCGCAUUCAGCCAACCGAUCCUGCCGAAGGCGGUGCAGCCCUCAACCCCCAUCCACCCCACCACCACCCUUCCUGUGAUAGCGCCCAAGCUUACCGCCAGUACCGCGCCCGCACCCGCCCAAUUCAUCCUGGCCACCCAGAACGGGUACAUCAUCGUGCCGCAGCAAAUGUCGCACAACCUGCUCGCUGUCUCUACGGCUACCGUCCCCAUCCCGUCCAAAUCCACACCGGCGGUCGGAAAGGAGGACGGCAAAGCCGCGGAGCAGCAGCAGCAGCAGCAGCAGCGUGCAGCUGGCCCGACCGCGGUUAAACCGGAACGUCGCCGCAUCUACGAGUGCGAUCAUCCGAACUGUGGCAAGAACUACUUCAAGUCGAGCCACCUGAAGGCGCACCAGCGCAUCCACACCGGCGAGCGACCGUUCAACUGCAAGUGGCCCGACUGUGGCCGCCGGUUCAGCCGCUCGGACGAGCUGUCGCGCCACAAGCGCACGCACACGGGCGAGAAGAAGUUCGUCUGUCACGUGUGCGAGCGACGGUUCAUGCGUAGCGACCAUCUGUCCAAGCACGUCAAACGGCACAACAAGGACACGAGCGGCAAGGUGACGUCAUCCGCUGGCCAGUCCGGUGGACGUCGGGCGGCUGCAAAUGCACCGACCACCACCACGACUGCCAUCCUUCCGGCGGAGGGUGCGCGAACGGGAGGUGCCGCCCUGUACCACCAUCAUCAUCCACAGCUGGCGGCCGUAUUUCAACCAGCGGCUCACCCGUUUGCCACCACCGUACAGCAAGCCUCGGUGUACUAAAGAGUGCGGUGACGGACAUUGAGGAAUGCACCUCGGCUCAGCUUACUUGUGUCAUAUGGACAGUCUCACGGUGGGGCUGCCAACCAUUCCAGCUAUCUGAGGAGGAGAGGGGAAGGGUCAAAGAGUGAGAGAGAGAGAGAGAGAGAGAGAGAGAGAGAGAGAGAGAGAGAGAGAGUGAGAGAGAGGGCAACGUGCGUUGGCGCCGUCAGUGGGACGGGAUCCGUUUUAUGAAUUUUCCUCCUUCUCCAGUUAGGUUUAAACAAUUCUUGCGCGUGUGGGCGUCCCCCGGGAAGCGCCCUUUACGCCCCACUAUCUGUGAUCGUUUUGUCUUACUAAACUACCGGACUACAAACUCUACGAACUACAAACAAGCAACAA